ACUCAAUCUGAGUAGCAUUGUCGUCGAGACCCUCUUUGACCACGUACUAUGGUGGCAUCGGUUCAAACCUCGGGUGGUGAAACCGUAACACCAUCCACGCAUGAUCCAUCCUCAUCAGUCGCUUCAUCCAUCCCCAUCGAAAUCCUUGCUUCCAUUUUCGGAGAGUGCAUCCACCAGGCUCACGUUUCGACGCAAGGAGAGAUCGAGGGACCGCACAGGCGGCUUCAUCGUUGCUCUGCCAAAUGUCUUUCCUGGAUCCAGGUCACCCACGUAUCGCACCACUGGCGUUUUGCUGCGCUUUCGCACAGCUGGCUGUGGAAUCAAAUAACCUCGGAUUGUGUCCCCUGGAUGGUAGAAAUGUUUCACAGAGCGGGAGACGUGCCCUUGAGGUUGCACGUUGAUGUAGCUGAUGGCGAUCAACUCGAGGCAGAGCUUGUGGCACGCGCUAUUUCUCGGGCCCAAGAGCUGGUGGUGCGAUACAGCUCAGCUAAGGCUAUCGCACAUCUGUUGGCCCAUGUAGAAGACACACCUGUCCUCAAGAUUCUGGCAUUUAACAGGCACAAUCUCGCUUUGUCACCGCCAGCCAUUCCCGUCCAUUUGAUACUCUCCAAAGCACUUAAAUUGGAGACCCUGCACCUAUACGACACCAUUCCAGAUUGGACGGCAACCUACAUUUCCAUUUAGAUUGAAAUACUUCGUCUUCCACUUCUCCGAUUUCAGGUACCCUCGCCCGUCAUGUCACCAGAUCGCGUCCGUACUCCAACAGCUCACAGCUCUCGAAGAAUUGACAUUCCACAACUCGCUCUCUCGCGAGUCCAUCUCUCUUCCUCGGACUGGUUUGUCAUCCAGCCUCCGACGCCUCACGAUCACUGGUUGGAGUACCGAGCUCCACCGAUUCUUUUCACAUUAUCGUCCUCCUCGUACACUUGCAAACGUCACGCUUAUAUGCAACGGAGAGGAUGUCAACUACGACUACACCCUGCUGCACGCUUCUAUACUCGAUUUGAUGAUGCCUGAUGUAGAUCCACCUCCCCAUCCACGGAAGUACAUCAUGCCUAGCUAUGCACGCGAUGCCAGUGCUCCGGAUAUCGAUCGUCGGGACUGCUACACCGAGGUUUCUUUGGGUGUUGCGAGUUAUGAGCUCCGUGUGCGCGCGUCACUGUGGAGACAAAGCCAGCUCCCUGCGGGUCCACCACCAACUACAACCCUUGACAAAACGAGCGUCACACCCACUGUUGACUUGGUGUACUCGACUAAAUUUGCAGGUAGUAUUCUUGGGCAGCUUCAGAAUUCCCCCUUCUUCGACACCAUCCGGCAUAUGACCAUCUACGGCAAUAUCCGCAGCUCCCCGGCUAUCGUCAGUUUGAUCCAGCAGUCGAAGUCACUGCACUCCUUGAUUUUGCAGCCUUCCAGGGGUAGUGAACUCCUUGAUCUUGUCGAAGGCGGCUUGAUAGGCACAAGGUCGAGGAUGUCUUCCCCCGAGCUCAAGACAAUUGUCCUUCAGGGUGUAGACUUCAACGAAUAUCAGUAUCGAAGAGAUACUGAGGCCAUCCUCUCAUAUUGUCUGAAUGUGCGAGCGCAGGAAAGCCAUCCACUGGAAAGACUAGUAUUUCAAGGGUGUCAAAAUGUACGUUUGGAUGAAUGGGUGGAAUUGAGGGAGAAGUAUGGAACGGAGCUCAUCGAGGAGCCUGAGUACACCAUGGCCAUUUGAUCAGUAGAGUGUUUGCCGACGUUCAUAAGAUGUAAUGACGUAGAUUUUGUACACC